ACGCCGCUGUCACAAAAAAAAUGGCUUCUCUUGACAGGGUAAAAGUAUUAGUCUUAGGAGAUUCAGGGGUGGGCAAGUCUUCCUUGGUCCAUCUGCUAUGUCAGAAUCAGGUGUUAGGGAAUCCGUCUUGGACUGUUGGUUGCUCGGUGGAUGUACGGGUCCAAGACUAUAAAGAGGGAACCCCGGAAGAGAAAACCUACUACAUUGAACUCUGGGAUGUCGGAGGAUCUCUUGGCAGUGCCAGCAGUAUCAAAAGCACCAGAGCGGUCUUUUACAAUUCAGUUAAUGGAAUUAUGUUGGUACACGAUUUAACAAAUAAGAAAUCUUCUCAGAAUCUCUACCGUUGGUCACUAGAAGCUUUAAACAAGGAUUCUUCUCCAACAGGAGUUAUCGUCUCAAAUGGUGACUAUGACAGAGAGCAGUUUGCUGAGAAUUCGGUGCCUUUGUUGCUGAUUGGCACCAAGUUUGACCAGAUCCCAGAGACCAAGCGCAAUGAAGUUCUCACACGGACGGCCUUCCUGUCUGAAGACUUCAAUGCAGAGGAGUUCAAUCUCGACUGCACCAACCCGAGAUACCUCGCUGCAGGCACAUCAAAUGCAGUGAAGCUCAGCAGGUUCUUUGACAAGGUUAUAGAGAAGAGAUAUUUCACAAGAGACCCAAGUCCGAUGACGGGUUUCACAGACAGAAAACGGUUCAACUUCAAAAGUUUGCACUAUGACUGACAACAGCUGUGGUCUGUGGUGUUGUUUGGCAGCAAAGCCUCCUGAAAAGCAAAAGAAUUAACACCACAAGCUUUAACACCACAAGUAAACCAUCACCCCAACAUACUUUCUCUCCCCGCCCUGCCCCCGCUAUUGUCACCUUUUUCAUCUGCUGUAAUAUUUGACAAUGAAUAAUAAUAAUUUGAUUAUAUUAAAUAUGAUGAAUAAUUAAGGGAGUGAUAAAGAUACAUAUGUACAUAGUUAACAAAAAUGUAGCAAAAAGGAGUUGAGCACAAAGAAAUUUCUAGGACAACGAUGUAAAAGGUAAUCGGCAAAUGCUAUGUAUGUAUAGUGAGAAGUUUUUAUUGAUUUUUUUUUUUUCACAUGCAAAACAUUUACUUGCACCAACUUCAUUUAUUAUUUUUUUUCAAAACAAAGACCAUUCAUUCUCAAAAUGUUUGCCUAAAAGCAAGUGAGGAAAGGACAAUAUUUUUGGCCUCAGAAAAGUGGCUCAUGCAAAAUUCCCCAAUCCCUUCAUUACUUUCUUAAUCCAGGGGAGAAAGAAAUUGACUUUAGUGAAGACAUGGGGAUAUUUGGGAUUAUUGCAAUCUCCUUUCAGGGUAAAAGCUGUUAUACCCUGAGGUUUACUGUUGCAGAUAAGAGGUCCCCCGGAAUCCCCCUAAGAGAAAGACAACAGAGAGUUGAUUAAAUAUAAUAAAAAUAAUUUAAAAAAAGAUUACACUUGUUUUUGAUAAAUCAAAUAAAAAAAGUUGUCUCCA